AAAGCGCCCUCGGCCCCGGGAUCCGGCGCGGGCGGGCGCGCGGAGGAAGGAAGAGCCGGGAGGAGGCGGAGCCGGCGAGCGGCGCGGGCGGGCGGUUCUCUCAACUUUAGUUUUGGCGUCGGAGGCGAGUUUCUGUCUCAGUCGGGCGCAGCCGCCGCGGGGAAAAGAAAGGGAGGAAGGAAGGAAGGAGCGAGAAGAGGAAGUAGGAGAGAAAAGGGGAGGGCACAGGCGGCCGGCCGUCCCGCGCCCGUCCCCGAGCGCAGGGCAGCCAGUUCCCAGGCGCCGCGGCUCCGGCCUCGCCGCCCCUCCCGAGGCGCAGCCGCCAGACCAGUGGAGCCGGGGCGCGGGGCGGGGGCGGAGGCGCCGGGGCGGGGGAUGCGGGGCCGCCGCGCAGCCCCCCGGCCCUGAGAGCAGGAGAGCGUCGCUCCGCCGCCCAGCGCCGCCCGCCCGCCCGCCGCCCGCGCCGCUUCUCGAGCCCGGGCCCGUCGAGUCGGGGCGCCGGGCGGAGCCCUCGCCCGCCUGGUCGGGGCGCGCGUCGGGGAGGCAGAAACCAUGGAUCCCGGGCAGCAGCCGCCGCCUCCGUCGGCCCCGCAGGGCCCGGGGCAGCCGCCCGCGCAGCCCCCGCCGGGGCAGGGCCCGUCGUCCGGGCCCGGGCAGCCGGCACCCCCGGGGUCCCAGGCGGCGCCACAGGCCCCCCCGGCCGGACACCAGAUCGUGCACGUCCGCGGGGACUCGGAGACCGACCUGGAGGCGCUUUUCAACGCCGUCAUGAACCCCAAGACGGCCAACGUGCCCCAGACGGUGCCCAUGAGGCUCCGGAAGCUGCCGGACUCCUUCUUCAAGCCGCCGGAGCCCAAGUCCCACUCCCGACAGGCCAGUACUGAUGCAGGCACUGCAGGAGCCCUGACUCCACAGCACGUUCGAGCUCAUUCCUCUCCAGCUUCACUGCAGCUGGGAGCUGUGUCCCCUGGGACACUGACCCCCACAGGAGUGGUCCCCGGCCCAGCAGCUACCCCCACUGCUCAGCACCUUCGACAGUCUUCUUUUGAAAUACCUGACGAUGUACCUCUGCCAGCAGGCUGGGAGAUGGCCAAGACAUCUUCUGGUCAGAGAUACUUCUUAAAUCACAUCGAUCAGACAACAACAUGGCAGGAUCCCAGGAAGGCUAUGCUCACCCAGAUCAAUGUUACAGCCCCCACCAGUCCACCAGUGCAGCAGAAUAUGAUGAACUCGGCCUCAGGUACUCUUCCUGAUGGAUGGGAACAAGCCAUGACUCAGGAUGGAGAAAUUUACUAUAUAAACCAUAAGAACAAGACCACCUCUUGGCUAGACCCAAGGCUUGACCCUCGUUUUGGUAAAGCUUUAACUGAACAGUGGCUAUCAAGUGGAAAAGGAAUUGGACUAGAAGUUGCCAUGAACCAGAGAAUUAGUCAAAGUGCUCCAGUGAAACAGCCACCACCGCUGGCUCCCCAGAGCCCUCAAGGAGGAGUCCUGGGUGGCGGCAACUCCAACCAGCAGCAACAGAUGCGGCUGCAGCAACUGCAGAUGGAGAAAGAGAGACUGCGACUGAAGCAGCAAGAACUGCUUCGGCAGGUGAGGCCACAGGCAAUGCGGAAUAUCAAUCCCAGCACAGCAAAUUCUCCAAAAUGUCAGGAAUUAGCUCUCCGGAGCCAGUUACCAACACUGGAGCCGGAUGGUGGGACUCAGAAUCCAGUGUCUUCUCCUGGGAUGUCUCAGGAAUUGAGAACAAUGACGACCAAUAGCUCAGAUCCCUUUCUGAACAGUGGCACCUAUCACUCUCGAGAUGAGAGUACAGACAGUGGACUGAGCAUGAGCAGCUACAGUGUCCCUCGAACCCCAGAUGACUUCUUGAACAGUGUUGAUGAAAUGGAUACAGGUGAUACUAUCAACCAAAGCACACUGCCCUCCCAGCAGAAUCGUUUUCCAGACUACCUUGAAGCCAUUCCUGGGACAAAUGUGGACCUUGGAACACUGGAGGGAGAUGGAAUGAACAUAGAAGGAGAGGAAUUGAUGCCAAGUCUGCAGGAAGCUCUGAGUUCUGACAUCCUUAAUGACAUGGAGUCCGUUUUGGCUGCCACCAAGCUAGAUAAAGAAAGCUUCCUUACAUGGUUAUAGAGCCCUCAGGUAGACUGAAUUCUAAAUCUGUGAAGGAUCUAAGGAGAUAAGACACACAUACCAGAAAUUUCCAAAUAAGCCAGUUGCGAUCUCCUGGCUAAUACAGAAAAAGAUGAACAAACGUCCAGCAGGAUUCUUUCAUCCACUGUUUUGCUCUUCCUUGUCCAUUGCUGCUGUUACUUUAUUGCUGACCUCUUUCAUAGUUGGCCCUAAAGAAUCAAAAAAAACCCACAAAACUUUUUGUUUCUUUUGCUAUUAUAACUACUGUUUGUUUGGGGGCUGGGGGAAGUGAGCCUCUUUUGAUGAUGGAUGCCAUUCCUUUUGCCCAGUUAGAUGUUCACCAAUUAUUUUAACUAAAUAGACCUGGAAGUCAGAUGCUUCAUGUCACCACAUUUAGUUUGUUUAAGCAAUUAUUUCUUCAGCUGCUUUUGGCCAGUGGAAAAACAUGACUUACUGGUCUGAUAAACCAAAUAUGUUGUGUCUGAUAUUAAGUACUUAAUGAUGAUUUGUCGAGAUAGCUGAAACCAAGGCUGAAGACUGUUUUACUUUCAGUGGGUUUUGUUUUGUUUUGUUUUUUCCUCCUAGUGCUAUAUCAUUAGUCACAUAGUGACUUUGAUUUUAUUUUAGGAGCUUAUAAGGCAUGAGACAAUUUCCAUAAAAAUAUAUUAAUUAUUGCCACAUACUCUAGUAUAGGUUUUGAUGGGUUUUUAUUGUGGGUUUGUUUUGUUUUGGUUGAUUGGGUUUUUGUUUUUUUGUUUUUUUUUCUGGAACCGAGGCAAAUGACCAUAGUAGUGAAUCUGUUUAUAGUUGUAGCUGAGAUGGUUAUUAUAGUUUCUUUGGUAAAAUCUACAUUUCCUGAUUUUUUACAUUUUUAUUUAAAUCUUGAUUAUCUGCUCUCUCCAUAUAUAUGUGUGUGUGUGUAUAUAUAUAUAUAUAUAUACAUAUAUAUAUAUACACACACACACACACACACCCUGACACACUUAUAAUUUCAUAUGAUAGUGUGAUAGCAGAAUGUAUUUUUUUUUUUUUUUAGGUUUCCCUCUCCAAUUUAUUUUAAAAUGGUAGUUUUGAAUAUAUGCAUUUAGAAUACAUGACUAAUGGUUUAUAUUUCACAGGUAGUUUAAAUCUGGUUGGGGCAGUCUACAGAUGUUUGAGGAAGUUUCAUGUUCUAGAAAGGCUGUUGUUGUGGAUAAUGCCUUAAGGAUAAUGCCCUCUGGGCACACAAUGAGUAUUAUCUGAUGAAUUUGAAAGAAGCAAACAGGAAAUGGCUAUAUUUCCCCCUUGUUACUCCCUUGGACUAAUUUUAAGUCUUGAUGGGCAAUCACUGAGUAGGUUCAUAAUGUACAUGACAGAAGUAAGUUUUAUGUGGUCAUGCACCUGCCUGUAGUUUUGGAAGUUUUACCUUCACCUUAGUUUUGGAAGUAAAUUCUAGUUAUUUUAGUUGUCAUUUGUUAAUGAUCAUUAACUACAUUAUUGCCUACAAGACUAUUCAUAUAAGACUUGCUCUUACUUCUAUAUACUGAGAAUUGACCCUGGACAGUAUAAUGCUGUACGGUCAUGUGUUAGCUGGUAAAGUGGUCAGAUUAAUAAAUGUAUAUUGGUAGUUGACUUUAGCAAAGAAAUAGUGAUAAUCAUGAGUAUACUUUUAUUUUUACAGGAAGAGAUAUUACUAGAGUAUGUGUCUACAGGAGUAAUAAUGGUUUCCAAAGAGUAUUUUUUAAAGGAAAAAAAUGAGCAUGAAUCCAUUCUUCAGUAUAAGCUAUGAAGGAAUAGUUGGGUGUGAAUUACAGUGGCACCAGCUAGCACCUCUGUGAUUAAGGGUCUUUCAGUGUUCCUAGAGUAAGCCCUUAUUUUCAAGGGUUUAUAACAGGCAUAAAAUCUCUUUUCCUUGCUAAACCUGUUCUGAAAAGCCUCAGCUUGGGAAGAUAGAUUUUUUUUUCUAAUUAACAAAAUCUAAGUAUUUUGACCCUUCAAUUUAAAGAAGUACAAAAGUUGGAAGUAAAGUUUCAUAUUAAGUAUUUUUAGUGCUCAAAAACAAUGCAAUCUCUGUGUUGUAUAUAAGGAUUAAUAGGUCAAUCACUCAUAAUAAAUGACUCUAAGGCUUUUUAUUAAGAAAACACCAGAGAGAUUAAAUCUUGAAAUAAGUCUGGGGGAAAGUGGCCACUGUGCAGAUACAUUGAUUUUUUUUUUUUAGAGCAAUAAUGAAAUUCUACUUAGAAUGCAUAAUUAAGUAUAUGGAUGAUAUAGCAUGUUGGGUUUUUAAUGUGUAGAAAAUAAAGCUAUUUGGAAGGAGUGCCUACAGUUUGCCAGUAAGCGGCAAGUCAAGAUUGUAUCUUAUAUAUCAGCAGAGUAGCUCUAGGUAAGGGAGGGGCGGGGAGGGGGUUGUGAAGACUUAGUGGGACUUUGAUAGAGAACUUUAUAACCUUUUUCUUCAGUAAGGACUUUAUCUUGCAUCUUGCUGUCAUUGAAGGCAGCUGUUCCUAAAAUUUCAAUCACUUAAGUACACCCACAAAAUGAGACUAUGGAGUUCUUCAUUUCCCCUCGACUUUCAUUUGCCUGGUGAUACCUCAAUGUCAUGGCAGCACUGUGGUCCGAGACAGGCACAGCGCUCUGACCUUGUCAGACCCUCUGUACUGACCUGAGUCCUUUCUCUUUCACAGCCUCAGGGCGGUCUUUCUUGUUUUAUGUCCUUGUUCCUAACGUAAAAGUGUUUAACUGCUUCUUGGUUGUUAUGGGUAGCAUUGGGAUAAGAUUUUUAACUGGGUAUUCUUGAAAUGCUUUUACAAUAAACCAGUUUUUAUAAUCUUUAAAUUUUAUCAGCUUUUUACAUUUGUGUUCUUUUCAAUUAGGGCUAAGAUCUACUUAUGGUUGAUGGAGCACAUUGAUUUAGAGUUUCAGAUUUUCCAAAGCACUAUUUUCUAUAAUAACUAUUUUCUAAAUAUAGUGCCUUUUUGUGGGGGGGAAGGGGAGAACCAAGGAAAUGACUUUUAUAAACAAAUAAUGUUGCUGUUUUAAGUAUUCAUAUUAAAUAGAUUCAUUCUGUAUGGAACCUUGGCAAAAACACUGAAAAUAACAAUAAUUAAUUGUGUAAUUCAUAAUUCAUACCAAUCAGUGUUGAAACUUAAACCGUGCAAAGUGGGAGCCAAUAUUCAGUGAUUAACAACUUAAUAGCUUUCGCACAUCUGAGAAGUGAGUGCUCAGAUGAAUUUUAUCUUCCUCCAGCAUGUUUUUAUAAGAAUUGUGGGUGUGUCUAUCUUAACAAUUGUUUCUGUAUCUUGAAAAAGUAUCUUCCACAUUUUAAAUGUUUUAUAUUAGAGAAUUCUUUAAUGCACACUUGUCAAAUAUAUAUAUAUAGUACCAAUGUUACCUUUUUGUUUUAGAUGUAAGAGCAUGCUUAUCAUAUGUUAGGUACUUACAUAAAUUGUUACAUUAUUUUUUCUUAUGUAAUACCUUUUUGUUUGUUUAUGUGGUUCAAAUAUAUUCUUUAAACUCUU